AUGGCUGCCAAAAAGCCAGGGGCCCCUGGGGCACAACCCCACUGCCCACCCUCAUCCUUCUCCAGGAAGGUGCAGCCAGGAAACCUCUCUAAUCAUUCCACAAAGGGAAGGAGAGAUGAGGGGCGGGGAGGCAGAGGGAAGCCCCCACCUGCGCCCCCCCCCCAGCUCGUCCUCCUCCCUGAGAAAUGGAAUGAAAGCCGAUCACCUCCCACCCAGCCCUACUCUGCCGGCCCAGCUGGGCUGCCUCCUGUCAGCCCUCGCCUGGAUGGCCGAGCCACAGCCACCCCAGAACGGGUGCCUGGGCCCCAGGAAGGCCCCAGGGACGCAGGCCGGGCCCGGGAAGCGGCUACGCUUGGAGGCCGGGCCUGGGCCACCCAGGAACUCAGGAGGCCGCGGGUCGGGUCGGAGGGGCGGGGGGACGGCCCGGCCGACUGGGGAACUGGUGCGGCGGCAGUGGGGACUGGCUCCCAGACGCAGCCCCGGUGCCCCGCCGCUCACCUGCUCCAGGCCGCCUGCGGGGCCAGGCGCGGGGCGAGCGGCGACCAGCUGCUCUCUCGGCCGCCCCUUUAUUCCGGCUCCAUCAGCGGCGGCGCGGCCUACGCGCGCUGCCAAUCCCCGGCCUCGCGUAGCGGUGGCGGCCGGCCCGGGGGCGGGGAACCGGCUUGCGGCGACCGGAACGGAGGAAGCGACACGCGCGGCCAGGGUUAG